AUGUCUGACUUGCAGCACUACGAAACUCUCGCCUUCGAACUGGCAAACAGAUCACCUCAACGGCGAGUCAUAGAAACUAGUCUUCUAUGCAUCAUUGCAUUAACAGCUUUGCUCGGUAAUUCCUGUGUGUUGUACGUGUUCUAUAAAACACCUCGACUUCGCAGCGUAACCAGUAUUUACCUUAAAUCACUUGCCCUAUCUGAUGUAUUUUUGUCUGUUGUUGUGAUGCCGACAUCGAUAUUAACAUCAUUUUAUGGACGGAACGUAAUCUCAGACAAGCUUGGCAAAGUCGUUGGAUGGAUGUUUGCUCAAUUGGUCUUCGUAUCUCUUUACACGACAUUCCUCAUCGCAAUAAAUAGAUUUUUCUKUGUUGUCAAACCACUCCUCUACAAAAAGUACUUCAAACGAAAAACUGUACAUCUGACAAUUCUUGUAUCUUGGUUGUUUUUAUUUUUGUUCGUGCUGGUUUUGUACUUGAGCGGAGCUGUAGAGAUAGACUUUUACCCAGGAAGGAUGGUGUACUUUCUCAGUUUUACUCAUAAAACCACAACACCUAUUCCUCGCGUCAUUACGGCAGUGAGCCACUUUAUCCUGGUAUUAUUCCCGUUAACACUUGCUGGCAUAUGUUACUGGAAGCUAUAUAUCGAAUUCAAGGGACACAAUGCUAGAGUCUCUACUACUCUUAAUGUCAAUUCUAAAGGAAGUACCACAUCUCUUACCAAAGAAGAGGUUCAACUUACAAGAUCUGUCCUUGCGUUGGUGUGUGGGUUCAUCAUCUGCUGGAUUCCACCUUCGACACUAUUCCACAUUGCUAUAUACAUUGAUCUUCCGCGCUCUCUAGAGAUAGUAAUUCUGUAUACCUCAUAUAUGGGUAGUGCGUUAAAUCCUAUUUUGUACAACAUUAUGAACCAGCCUUUUAGGAAAAGGUGUCUUACUCUAAUAUGCUGUCGAAACAAUGAAGCCGGUUUAGACGUUCAAAGGGAAUGA